UCGUCCAUCCUCAUUUUGGACGUCGAUCCGUACGCAGCAGAAAGCGGACUGCCGCCACUGAGGGAAGAGGAGAGAGAAGGGGAGACGAGAAGGGGAAAAAAAGCAGCGGAAUGGUGUAAAAGCCGAUUGAGAGCUAGCAAACAUCGAGGACGGGCGACUGUUGCUCUUCUUCGUCUUUUUCUUUCUCUGUAUGUCCCGUCCAGCCCUGCCAUUUUGAUGCCGUCCUCACGGAGUUUUGGCCCAAUACUGGACUUAUUAUUACUGGUGGGCUGAACCAUGCAGAGGCUGCUGCUGCUCCUCACUUUGCUGCUGACUUUACAAACUGUGCGGACUGCGAGGUUCUCCCAGGAGCCGGCAGACCAGUCGGUAGUGCGGGGCCAGAGGGUGAUCCUUUCCUGUGUCGUCUUCAACUACUCGGGCAUCGUUCAGUGGACCAAAGAUGGCCUGGCGCUGGGUAUCGGCGAGGACCUGCGGGCCUGGCCUAGGUAUCGAGUACUGCGGGUCCAGGAACUGGGCCAGUACAACCUUGAGAUCCUGUCGGCUGACCUGUCUGACGAUUCCUUGUACGAGUGCCAGGCCCCUGACGCCGCCUUGAGGUCCAGGAGGGCCAAGCUCACCGUCCUCAUCCCACCAGAUGACCCGGUGAUCGACGGCGGCCCAGAGGUUUUGCUCAACGCGGGGGAGUCCUACAACCUCAGCUGCGUGUCUCGGGGUGCGAAGCCGCCCUCCAUGAUCGAGUGGCUUAAAGAUGGACUGCCGAUCGAUGGGGCCGUCAGUGCCACUGAGGUUCUUCCGGACCGCAAGAGGGUGACCACGCGCAGCUUCCUUCCCAUCCACCCCAUCGACACAGACACAGGGAGGAACUACAGCUGCGUGGCUUCCAACCUGGCGGCCCCGGCGGGCAAGAGCACAACUGUUACCCUCAACGUGCACCAUCCGCCAACUGUGACUUUGUCCAUCGAACCUCGCUCGGUCCUGGAGGGUGACAGGGUCGCCUUCACUUGUCAGGCCCAUGCCAAUCCCCCAAUUAUGGGCUACAGGUGGGCUAAAGGUGGCGUGGUGCUACAGGGUGCCAGGGAGAGUGUGUUCACCACCAAGGCGGACCACUCCUUCUUCACCGAGCCGGUCUCAUGCUUGGUCUUCAACGCCGUGGGGAAGACCAACGUCAGCAUCCUUGUGGACGUCCACUUCGGUCCAAUUCUCUUGGUGGAGCCCCAGCCCAAAACGGUGGACGCCGACUCCGACGUCACCCUCAACUGCAAAUGGGCCGGGAACCCUCCGCUCACUCUCACCUGGUUCAAGAAAGGUUCCAACAUGGUCCUGAGUAACGGCAACCAACUGUAUCUGAAGUCGGUGAGCCAGGCCGACGCGGGCCAGUACGUCUGCAAGGCCAUUGUGCCGCGAAUCGGGGUCGGAGAGACCGAGGUCACCCUCACUGUUAACGGCCCACCCAUCAUUUCUAGCGAGCCCAUCCAGUAUGCAGUGCGAGGGGAGCGCGGCGAAGUGAAAUGCUACAUUGCGAGCACACCUCCUCCUGAUAAGAUUGUGUGGGCGUGGAAGGAGAACGUCUGGGAAGAGGAGAAGGGCACACUUCUGGAGCGCUACACGGUAGAGCAAAGCAGAACGUCGGCCGAGGGAGGCGGCGUCCUCUCCACCCUCACCAUCAACAACGUGAUGGAGUCUGACUUCUUGACCUCGUACAACUGCACGGCCUCCAAUUCCUUUGGGCCCGGCACCAUGAUCAUCACCCUGGAGGAGACCGAGGAGGUUCCAGUGGGGAUAAUAGCCGGUGGCACGGUGGGCUCCACCAUCCUCCUGUUCAUCUUCCUCCUGGUCCUCGUACUCAUCUUCUACCGGCAACGCAAAGGCAGUCGGCGAGGAGUCACUCUGGGAAAGCCAGACAUUAAGGUGGAAACGAUAAACAAGGAGAGCCACAGCUUGGAGGAAGACUCGGGCAGCGUGUCCACGGCCUCGCGCAUGGUCAAGGCCAUGUAUUCGUUUCUCCCCUCUGUGUCCUUCUCUCCCUCCAAUCAGCCCUUUAAGGACGACAUCGAGCUCAAGUCGGACCUGCGCAGCGACACCCUGGACACCCGCCAGGAAUACGACCUGAAGGAUCCCACCAAUGGCUACUACAACGUACGAGCUUCCACGCUUGACGAGGGCCGCCCCGCCUCCCGCUCCACCAUGCACUACUCCGACUACCGCUCCCCCACCGGUACCCCCGGGGGGGCCGCAUCCAUCAGCGGCAGCAGCGUGGCAGGUUCGGGGGCCACGGCCAGCGGCGGAGCCCCCGGCCCGCCUGGGCCCCUCACAUCCCCGGGUCGGCCCCAGGCCUGCUACGACCCCCGCCCCCCUUCCAGACUGUCCCACAUCAGCUACGCCCAGUUCAACACCUUCACCCGCGGAGCCCAGAACCAACAGGCGCCCAGCAACCCGGCCCCCGCGGCGGCCGAGUUCCCAGGCGACUGCGGCCUCCUGGACUCCACCUCCCAGCUAGCGUACGACAACUACGGAUACCCGUCGCACUACCAGACCUAUCGGAUGGGCUUCGCCCCAUCCAGCCUGGCCCCGCUGGAGGCCGGGCCCUCGUAUGAGAUGUACGGGGUGGGCUCGGGGGUCGGCGUGGGUCCCGGUGGCGCCACGCCCGCGGGCUCGGACACGGGACUCGGGAAGUACGGCAGCUCCACUCGCUUCUCCUACACGUCGCAACAUUCCGACUAUUCCCACAGCCGACACACACAGAGGAUGCAGACUCACGUGUGAAAGCGAGCUAGCAGCACGAGGAGUGUCUUAGGCAUAGCAUUGCAGCUAAAACCAACACACACAUAUUUACACGCACACACCGACAGGCCGCAGUGAACAGAUACGGCACAUGCACAGUUAUAGAGGAGCGUGCCCGAAAACGGAGACAAAAGACUGCACAUUGGCCGCCGUGUUAGCAAACGGGAGCUGGGAGAGAGCAGACGGCGCGAGUCACAAUCACACCGGGGAUGACGAGGAACCAGGAACAACGCGGAGACUUUGGAGCCACUUUGGUUUCCGAUACCGGACGGCGCCUCGAGCCGUGUUUCCACGAAGCAGCACACCGAAAAGGCGAGACGAACUGCCUUCGAUUGAUCGGCAGUCAAUGUGGCCAGUUGCCAAGAAGAACGAACAGGGUUGUGAACCCUGGUGGAAGCGCAACUAGAUCAACGUCCCAUAUGGUACAUGUGAUUGGGCAAAACCUCAGACAUUGGGAGUCAUUUCUGGCGGCCAUUUUACUUUCAGCUUUUUCUCUCAUACUUAUUUGUAGUGAUGUUCAAUCACUCUUUUUUUUUUCCCAGACCAUUACCAGUACGACUAUUCUCGAGUGCUAACCGAUACCAAGUACCAAUACAACUACAAGGCUCGAAAUAAGCGGUUUCAUGUCACGGUUUCCGAGGAAAGUUUUUCAUUUUACGCCUCAUCAAAACACUUUGAAUUGCAAAACGUAGAAUUGACCGUCGAGACGAUCCCAAAAAAGCUUCACUGGGCUCACGUAGUCGUCGGAAGUCGAGGGAAAUUCUGCGCUGCUAACGCCACAGCGGGAAGCUAGCAACGAGUGUCGGCUAGCUAGUAGUGCGCCAAAACACGUUGCGGAGUUGCUCCUGUAUCAGUGAUCAUUGCCACCGUAGUGACAAAUAA